GACUGAUGCCAAUCAAACAUUAAUCCCACUCAAUCCGGUUAAUUCAGUAACUCAGCUUUAUGUCUUUCAUAAACGAAUGAUGCAUCAAUGGUACACAUUCUCAAGUCUAAUUAUUUUGCCUUGACGAUGUUGAUGAAGACAUUCUGCCAUGUUUUUCACCCACAGAUCCGGAGUACCGUAGAUAAUAGCUUUGUGGGCUGGGAACUGGAGGAGGUGUUGCUGCUCGAUAUGUCAGUUGACGAUGGCGACUCUAAGAUUCAGAACCAGAUGAAGAAGCUCCAGAGCCCCGUCAUACUGCUCUACUGCACUAAAGAAGAGGCCACCACCAUUUUUGAGGUGGCGCAUUCGGUCGGCCUGACUGGAUAUGGUUACACCUGGAUCGUACCAUCGCUGGUAGCAGGGGAUGCUGACAUCGUGCCCAACGUCUUUCCUACAGGUCUAAAUAAAUAGUGUUGAUCAAUUUUGUUAUAUUACAAGAUAAUAAAGAUUAGAGCUAACAAGUGCUAUAAUGCUAUAAAAAGGUUAAAUGUUGAAUAAUGAGGAAGGAAAGGAGACUAAAUCAUUCUGUCUGUUCUCUCCAUCCUUUUAAAAAAAAAUCUCUCUCAGGUCUGAUCUCGGUGUCCUAUGAUGAGUGGGACUAUGGACUGGAGGCGCGUGUGCGUGAUGCCGUGGCAAUCAUUGCCAUGGCAACCUCCACCAUGAUGCUGGACAGAGGUCCCCACACACUGUUGAAGUCAGGUUGCCACGGUGCGCCUGAAAAGAAAGGCCCGAAGGGGGGGA